CCAAACAAGCCCUCUGGGUAGAAAAUAGGUGUGGCCUCUUAGACAGGUGUGUUCGACGUGCAAAUCGACUGCAGUAGCCAGCAUCGGAAAAUUAGCCCCCAAACACAUAACACAAACAGAAAAAACUGGAAUAGCCUGUUUAUAAUCGGCUCAUGUAAUCAGAGAGAAGAUGUCAAACUGGGGGUUUCUGGAGAACGUCCUGAGUGGGGUGAACAAGUACUCCACAGUCAUUGGGCGCAUCUGGCUCUCCAUCGUCUUCAUCUUCCGCAUCCUGGUGUACGUGGCGGCUGCUGAGCAGGUCUGGAAGGACGAGCACAAUGACUUUGUCUGCAACACCCAGCAGCCUGGCUGUGAGAACGUGUGCUUCGACCACUUCUUCCCCAUCUCCCAGAUCCGCCUGUGGGCCCUCCAGCUCAUCAUGGUGUCCACUCCAUCCCUGUUGGUGGCUCUCCACGUGGCCUACCGCGAGAACAGGGAGAGCAGGCAUGGCAAGAAGCUGUAUGUGGACAAAGGUAGGAUUGACGGAGGUCUGCUCUGCACCUAUAUCCUCAGCCUCGUCUUCAAGACUACCUUCGAGGUGGGCUCCCUCCUGGCCUUCUACUUCCUCUACAGUGGCUUUGACGUUCCCAGACUGCUUCGCUGCAGCCUGGACCCUUGCCCUAACACCGUAGACUGCUACAUCUCCAAAGCCACUGAGAAGAUGGUCUUCCUCUACAUCAUGGGCUGCACGUCCAUAUUGUGUAUUGUACUGAAUGUCUCGGAGAUGGUAUACAUCCUAUCUAAACAGUGCUGGAAGUGUUUUAGCAAGCGGUAUAUCCCAAUUGAAGAGAGAGCUCACUGGCAUUGUAAUCACACUGUCCCAAUCAGCAACAGUACCUCAACCCUUCAUCCCACACCUAACAAAGAUAUAAUGGGCUCACAAGAUCCAGCUACAAAGGGAAACCAAACCUUUCCCUCUUAAAUUGCAUUCAAUUACCUAAUAAUUUAUUGUGAUCAGAAUUCAGGACUUCUUUUAACUUAAAUGAUUUCAGAAACUAUGUAGAACUUGUAGUUAUUCACCUUGAACUUUUUUGUUGUUGUACUUUAUAGAUUUUCAGAUAUGAUAACAGAAAAACAGUACAAGCCCAUCCCCUCAUCCAUCUGCCCCUCCACACCUCCCUCCCAUCCAUCCAUCCAUCCCUCCACCCACCCACAAAGCACCUUUAACCUUUUAACAGAUACUGUUACUUUUAGCAUUAGGGUCGUAUUUAAGGCCUUUAUGUCUCAAUUUUCUGCUAAUUGAAUUGUCUGCUAAUUUAAUCUAGUAUAAUUUAUAUAAUCACCUUUGGUAUUAUGAUUCAUUACCCAACAAUCUAAUAAAAAUGGUAGGCCCUAUAUGCUUAUAGAAAAUAAACAUGUAGGCUAUUCUUAACUUUACUUAGGCUAUUUGUAUAGUGCUGCACGUCGGCAUAAUAGGUGGCCUCUGACAGGUGCUUGACAUGCAAAUCGACUGCAGUAGGAUCAUUUCAUAAAAUUACUCCCUUUUGCAUCCCUUUGAUGUUUUUAGUAGAAAUUGUGCACAAAUAUUGACAUUUAAAAGCCUAUUAUAUCAAAUGAAGUGCUCUUUAAUAUAGACAAUAUGGAAAAUACAAUCAAUUGGAUUUUUAACAUGAAAAACACUUUUGACAUGUCCCUCUGUGCACCCUCUGCAACUCAUAGGAAAAUGUUAAACUACUUAGCCAACAUUUCUCAAAUAUUUCACCAUUAUUGUAAAGCCCUAGUCAUUGCAUUACUUUGACAGUAAUUUCAGACUUUGGUAUUAUGAUUAACAAAGAAUUUAAAAAAAUUCAUGCUUUACGUUUCCACUUUCAGUGCUGGACUGCAUUCAUACAUAGACCAUGCCUUUUUCCUUACUGACAUCACAGCAUUCAUUUUAUGUUCAUGUCAUGGUCCCCAGUGGAGCCCAUUUAUGUAAAUAUGACCGUCAGUGUAAUUCUAAUCUAUACAUUGGCAGAUUCAUUCCAUUGGCAGAUUCUCUCCCAUCUUUCAUGGGAGAGAUAGUGUGUAUGCUAGCCUUGUGAUAAACAUCUUAUCAAUAUAAAAUGUUGAAUUUCAGGUAAUGCAGAACUCUGAUCUUUCUUGAUUAAUGAAGAGAAAUCCAUACAACUUGAUUUCAACAAUUGAGAGUUGUUUAGUGAUCAUGUUAUAUCACAUCUGUUAUAUGGCAUUACUCCUUUACAACAAGCACUAAAACUGAUCCUUUUCUGAUUGUAGGAGCUCCAGCAUUCUUCCUUGUGUAAUGCAUCUCUUGUAUUUAAAAAUAAUAAUAUAGACAAUUCUACCAA